AUUCACCCUUCGCUUUCACUCUCCUUCUGUGUUCCUUCGGAGGUUUUGGUUUGGUACUCGAAGACAGCUCUGUAGCGAUCGAUCGCUCGCCAUGGUGUGAUCUUUUGCAGGUUAAGCGCAUCUCCUGCCUCGUUUGAGAUCGGCCAACAUCCUCCGAGUCCCUCGAUCGCAGGACUAUCUUUUGGCUCGCAGCACAUGGAAAACAGCAACAACGAGAAAAAAGGAAUUCUUGGAGUACAUACUUUACGUGGAAAAAUAAGAUGAUUCAGUGGCAUUAGCUAAUGAUAUUGCUUCAUAUCAGUUGCUGGCUCGAUUGAAAAGAAAAUCAUUGCCCCAUGUUUAGCUUGCAACUUUAGCCUCAUAUCAGCAGCACCAGCUAUUGCAACUCAUCAUUGAUCCCUUUGGAUUAUACUAUUUUCUGGUGGUUUUUAAAUAAGUAGUGGAGCCAGAUUGGCAAAACUUGAUGGGUUCCAGAUUUCCAUCACAUCAGCUCAGCAAUGGUCUGUAUGUUUCAGGCCGGCCUGAACCACCAAAGGAGAAACCUCCAACAAUGAGCUCUACUGCCAUGCCAUAUACUGGUGGAGAUAUAAAAAAGUCUGGAGAACUUGGGAAGAUGUUUGAUCUCCAUGUGGAGAAGUCCAGAAAAUCUGGGCCUCUUAAUGCCCCUUCAAGAAAUACAUCAUUUGGAGGUUCUGCUUCCCAUUCAGGCCCUAUUAUGCCUAAUGCCUCUGGUCGGUCUAGCUAUUCAGGUUCACUCUCUUCUGCAGUUCCAGGUGCUGGUCCUUCACUAGUCACUGGAUGCUCCAACAGACAGAAAUCUAAUUCUGGGCCACUCAAACAUGGAGACCCUGUUAAGAAGUCAUCUGGUCCUCAGUCUGGAGGAGUCACUCCAAUGGCACGCCAAAAUUCUGGUCCACUACCGCCAGUGCUUCCAGCUACAGGUCUCAUCACAUCUGGGCCAAUUUCUUCUGGUCCUCUUAACUCAUCCGGUGCACCUCGAAAAGUAUCUGGCCCUCUGGAAUCUGCUGGAUCAAUGAAGCUACAUAGCGCCUCCAUUGUUCAUAACCAAGCUGUUACUAAGCUCAGCCAGGAUGAUGACUAUUCAUUCAAUGGGAGCUUGCCAAAACCAUUCUUGUGGUGUGUGGGUUUAUUGUUUGUGAUGGGGUUUAUUGCAGGUGGCUUCAUUCUUGGUGCUGUUCACAAUGCCAUUCUCCUCAUAGUGGUUCUUGUUAUAUUUGGGAUUGUUGCUGCACUUUUCAUUUGGAAUGCUUGUUUUGGAAGGCGAGCAAUCAUAGGAUUCAUUGCCCGUUAUCCUGAUGCUGAAUUGAGAACUGCAAAAGAUGGGCAGUAUGUAAAGGUUUCUGGGGUUGUUACAUGUGGAAAUGUCCCUCUUGAGUCAUCAUUCCACAAAGUUCCUAGAUGUGUGUACACAUCUACUGGUCUAUAUGAAUACAGGGGUUGGGACUCAAAGGCUGCCAAUUCCCAGCAUCGCCGUUUUUCUUGGGGACUAAGGUCACUGGAGAGGCAUAUUGUUGACUUUUAUAUCUCUGAUUUCCAAUCUGGGUUAAGGGCUUUGGUCAAAACUGGUUACGGUGCUAGGGUGACUCCAUAUGUUGAUGAGUCUAUUGUCGUUGACAUCAACCCAAACAAAGACAUGUCUCCAGACUUUCUCAGAUGGUUGAGGGAAAGGAACCUUUCAAGUGAUGAUCGUGUGAUGCGACUGAAAGAAGGCUACAUAAAAGAGGGCAGCACGGUUAGCGUGAUGGGGGUUGUCCAAAGGAAUGACAAUGUUCUGAUGAUAGUUCCACCAUCCGAGACAUUUUCUACUGGGUGCCAGUGGGCUAGGUGCAUACUCCCGGUAAACCUUGAAGGAAUUGUGUUGAGAUGUGAGGACACCUCAAAAAUUGAUGUCAUACCAGUUUAGCAGAUAUUGUUUGUUUGUGGUCAAAACAGUAGCUAAUUACAUAUGUCAGCUCCAGAAUUUGUUUGUUGGCUGUUGGCAUUUGCAAUAUCUCAAUCGAUGAUGUUGUAUGAUGGAUCUUAAGAAAUGUUGUUUGCUUUUCUUGGGUUUGAUUGUAUAGCUUUAUGCGUCUUUCCUUUUUCGUGAAUUAAGCUUGAAUAUUUUGUAAGAAGGUUGGCUUGAUCACUAAAGUUGAGAUCUUUAUUUGGAAGAAUACCAUCACUCA